AUGGCUGGUGCAGAAAUCUUUCUCAGCGCAUUCGUCACGGUGUUAUUUGAGAAGUUGGCCUCUGCUGACUUAAUAAGGUUUGCUCGAUCCGAAGGAAUCCAUGUUCAGCUCAASAAAUGGAACAACACCUUGUCCCAGAUCCAAGCYGUGCUCGUUGAUGCAUCCCAGAAACACUUAGGAGACAGAGCUGUUCAACUAUGGCUCAACAAACUUCAGCAUUUGGCUUACGACAUAGACGACUUCCUCGAUGAUUUGGCCACUGAAGCUAUGCAGCGCCGGUUGAAAGAAGAAUCUUAUGCCAAUACCAGCACUGCUAGUAAGGUAUUGAAGGUGAUUCCAAAAGUUUCCAACUUCUCUCCUCAUGCUAUUAUGUAUGGUCGUAAGAUGAGUUCUAAACUCGAUGASGUUACAACUAAAUURCGYGAUCUUUUAGAGGAGAAAAAUAGUCUGGGUUUGAAUAUUAAUGUUGAAAGGUCAAAUAGAGCAAGUAGACGAUCGAAGGAAACUUCGUUGGUUGAGGUAUCCAAAAUUGUGGGUAGGGAAGGAGAUAAARAGGCAUUGCUCAGGAAGUUGACGUUGGAKAAUGAAUCAUGCAGUGAAAAUGUCAGUGUGGUGUCCAUAGUGGGUCUGGGAGGGGUWGGUAAGACCACUCUUGCCCGAGUUUUGUACAACGAAAAGAAAGUGAAGGAUCACUUUGAACUCAUGGCAUGGGUUUGUGUUUCCGAUGAGUUUGAUGUCCUUAAUAUUAGCAAUACUAUCUUUGAAGCUAUAAGUGGAGAGGAUAAAAGGUUUGAAGAUCUAAAUAAGCUUCAAGAGUCGCUUUCAGAAAAGCUUUCAAAGAAAAGGUUCCUACUUGUUCUAGACGAUGUCUGGAACGAAGACUACACGGAGUGGGAACUCCUCCAACGCCCUUUCGUUGUAGGGGCACCCGGAAGUAAAAUUGUUGUGACAACUCGGAAGACCACAGUUGCAUCUGUGAUGGACUCCGUUCAAGCUUACCCUAUGAAGCUUUUAUCAAAUGAAGAAGCUCUAUCUUUAUUAGCUCAACAUGCAUUAGGCAAACAAAACUUCGAUUCACAUCCAACACUUAAAUUCCAUGGUGAAGGGAUCAUGAAGAAAUGUGKUGGCUUGCCUUUGGCUUUGGUAACAGUUGGGAGGGUGUUAAGAAGAAAAACAUCUGAUGAAGAAUGGGAGGAGGUGUUGAAUAGCGAGAUAUGGAAUUUACAAUACAAAGAUAAGAUUCUUCCGGCUCUAAGAUUAAGCUAUUAUGACCUUCCUCCAUAUUUGAAGCAGAUGUUUGCAUAUUGCUGCUUAUUUCCCAAGGACUACGUGUUUCACAAGGUUGAACUWGUCUUGUUGUGGAUGGCAGAAGGGUUUUUGCAGGAGUCAAAUGGCAGCAAGUCAAUGGAGAAUUUAGGUAGCGAGUGUUUUGAAGAGCUACAGUCAAGGUCGUUCUUUCAGCAUGUUGGUAAUCAUAAUUYAUCACUAUAUACAAUGCAUGACAUGAUAAAUGACUUGGCCACGAGUGUUGCUGGGGAGUUUUUCUUUGCUUUGGAUGAUAAGAURAAUGCUUACGACAAGAAUGAAGCUUUGGAGAAGUUCCGCCACCUUUCAUUUGUUUGUCCAAAAUAUGGCGUCUACAGAAAGUUCAAAGCAUUACAGAAAGCUAGACGCCUACGGACUUUCUUAGCUUUGCCCGUAAGGGUAGGCAGUUUGCACUUAUCAAACAACGUUCUUUUCGAACUAGUUCCCCGACUACAAUUCCUAAGGGUACUAAGCCUAGCUAAAUAUUCAAUCACAAAGGUACCACAAUCCAUUGGUAGUCUGAAGCAUAUGCGGUACCUCAACUUUUCUGGUACUUGCAUCACAUGUUUACCGGAACAAGUCGGUAACCUUCAUAAUCUACAGAGCUUGUUGGUUUCUGAUUGUGUAAGAUURUCAAGCUUGCCGGACAAUAUUGUGAAGCUAAAAGACCURCGACAUAUCUACAUCAACAAUACUCCAAAGUUGAACAAGAUGCCYUUUGGGAUUGGAGAGUUGACGGGUCUACGGACUCUAAGCAAAGUCAUUGUUGGAGAAGCUAAUGGGUUCAAUAUAUACAAUCUUAAGGGCCUAUUACAUCUUCAAGGUAAACUUUCCAUUCAGGGACUGCACACAGUGACAAAUGCAAUACAUGCAAAAGAUGCCGACUUACUGCAAAAGAAGGGCCUUGAGGAAUUGGAGAUGGAAUGGGGUGAUGUCUUUGAUGAUUCUCGGAAUGAAUCAAUUGAAUAUGACGUACUCGAAAGGCUAAGACCUUAUGAUAAGUUGACGAGCCUCCUAAUUUCGAACUACAUGGGAAGGAAAUUUCCUAGUURGGUCGGGGAUCCGUCCUUUGUUUACUUAACCGGGAUUACACUACGUGGCUGUAGAAGUUGUACAUCUCUACCRACACUUGGACAUUUACGGUCACUUAAGUGGUUGUAUGUUGAAAGCAUGAGUGGGUUGAAGAGAUUGGGUUUGGAGUUUCUUGGCACUAGUAAUUCUCGCCAUGGUAUUGCAUUUCCAUCACUUAAAGUUUUGAAAUUUAUUAAUAUGCAUGAGUGGGAGGUAUGGUCUAGUAAUGUUGGUGGCAAAGAUGGAAAUGGAACGGUUGGAUCGUAUCCUUGCCUCCGUGAGAUUUGCAUAAUGGAUUGCCCGAAAUUAAAUGCAGUGGAAAUUGAGUUGAUACCAUCACUUGGGAGAGUAGAUAUACAAAGAUGUUCUGUAGCUGUAUUAAGAAGCAUGGUUGUUGUGUCUCCAUCAAUUCUAAAAUUGACAAUGACGAGUAUUAAAGGACUUACUCACCUACAUGGAGAUGUUUUAGMACAUCUUGGGGCAGUUAAAUAUCUAUUGAUAAGAGGGUGUGAUGAACUUAGAUACUUGUGGGAAUCAAAACCGGUGGUAUGCGAGAAUCUAAAGAGUUUACGAGAUUUGCGAAUAGAAUCGUGUAAAAAUCUGGUAUCAUUGGUAGAUAAAGAGGCUAAUUUGGGGAUUAGCUGGAAAUUUAUCAGACAAGUGUGUAUUACUGAUUGUCSGAAACUCGUGAGUUACAAUUGUCCAAAUAGGGUGKWUAGAUUGUUUAUAUCCCAAUGUCAUUUAAUGACAUCACUGACUUUCCCAACAGAGCAUGACCUCCCAUCCACUAUGAAGACUCUUUCCAUUAGGUCACCUCAUACUUUGGAUACAACUUGGCUUCUCAACAACUACUUGUCAUCACUUAGAUCUCUUUCCAUUUUUGAUAUGCCGAAUGUGAGGUCACUACCUGAAGGAUGCUUACUUCAUCUCACCAAGUUGCAUAUCGAAGGUUGUGAGAACAUAGAAUCCAUUCCUGAGAAAGGUUUUGGUUUCCUUCCCCUUGUUUGCCUAAGAGAUCUCCAUAUCAAUAGAUGCAAGAAUCUGAAGUCAUUUCCUCAYGAGCAUUUGGAAAGUCUCACAUCUUUGCACGUGUGGUGUGUAGCACAUUGUCCAAGUAUGGACUACUUUCCAUGUGGUUUGUGGCCUCCUAAUUUACGUGCAUUAUAUAUAGGAGGGUUAAAGAAGCCCAUGUCAGARUGGGGGCUGCAAAAUUUCCCAACCUCACUUGUUUCACUUCUUUUAUUUGGCYUAAAUUCAGGAGUGGUUUCGUUAUCUCUACUUGUUCCACCAUCUUUAACUUAUCUAGGUGUUUGUUGUUUUAUGGAGUUGGAAUCAGUUUCCAAGGGCCUACAACACCUCACCUGCCUGGAACGCCUCUCAUUCAASUCAUGCCCCAAGCUUAAAGAUUUGCCUGCAGAGACUAUGCUUCUUUUACUUUCAAGUUUGUACGUCGAWGAUUGCCCGAAACUGGAAAAAAAGUGUGAUAGUAAAAAAGGCAAGUAUUGGCCCAUCAUCUCCCAAAUUCCUCACCUUCAUGUAGGUCCAUCACAGAUUAGUGGUUGGUGGCCUGGUAUAUUCUUGAUAGAUGACGACGGUAUAAAUUAG